AUGGGUAGCAUACCGCAUGAUGCUCAGGUUAUGGAGGCUAUUCUAAAGGAAAUGGGAAUUACCGAUUACGAGCCACGUGUAAUUUCGCAGAUGCUCGAAUUUGCCUAUAGAUAUACGGCAGAAAUUCUGGAAGAUGCUCGAUCAAUCAGUGAGCAUGCAGGGAAGAAGCAGAUUGAUGAAAGUGAUGUCCAAUUUGCUAUUGAUAACGCAGGCUUUUGGAAAAGUGAGCGACCUAGUAGGCAGUUACUGGUCGAAUUUGCGGAACAAAAGAAUGCUGUGCCACUCCCUGCAAUUCGACAAAAUUACGGAUUACGUCUACCAAAUGACCGAUUUUGUUUGGUACAGCCGAAUGUGGGAUGGAAGAGUAAUGAACAGCUACGUGAAAUCAAUGAACAGAUGAUCCGGAAGGAAGAGCCAAUUGUACGACCAGCAGAAACAAUCCGACAAACUCGAUCGGAAGCAAUCACCAAUUUGUUAAAACGAAAAGCACCUGAUGAUGAAGACUUUGAUGUACCGUAA